UCCUAUAUAGCACUAUGAGCUCCUACGUGCAGUUUUUUUUAGUGGAAUGUAGUCUGAAAUAACCAAAAUCUGUUUGAGGUACAAUUAAGAAAUAAUAUGGAUGAUACACUUAGGAGACGUAAAAAUAUAGUUCAAGAGAGCAGUAGUUCACAUCAUACACAGAAAAGGACUAAAGGAGAAGGUGGAUCCCUUCUAGUAUAUUUAGUUGCUGGGCUAGGGAUCUUAUCUCUUUAUAUAUUUGUAUUCCCCAAACAUACAAUUAAUAGACAAAUUUUGAGACAUGUUGAGACUAAUCUGAACUCCUAUGAGUUGAUGGAAAAAAAACAUGCAGUUAUAAUAGACGCAGGAAGUACAGGGUCAAGAGUUCUGGCAUUUUCAUUUUAUAAAUCAGCUGUUACUGGAGAGUUAGUUCUUCACGAUGAGUUGUGGCACGAAGUUAAGCCAGGUCUAUCAUCCUUUGCAGACUCCCCAGACAAGGGAGGAGAAACUAUUCUUCAACUUAUUCAGAUUGCAAAAGGUCGAAUACCUGAAAGUCACUGGGCAGAAACACCAAUAUCAUUAAAGGCUACAGCUGGGCUUAGAUUACUACCAGCAGAGAAGGCAAAAACUCUUCUAAACACAGUCAAAUCUACUCUUCUCAACUCAGGAUUUAAAAUAGUUUCUGGUGACCCUGGAGUUGAAAUCAUGUCAGAUUUAGAGGAAGGAAUAUUUGGUUGGGUGACGGUCAACUUCCUGCUCGACAAGCUGGGAGAGCCAGGAGACUCUGCAGUUGCACUUGAUCUUGGUGGUGGAUCAACACAAAUAUCAUUUCUUCCAGUUCAUGUGUCAACUUUACAGGAAACACCGGAACAGUUUCUUCACAUUAAGGAUAUUUCUGGAGUAGAAACUUCAAUUUAUACACACAGCUAUUUGGGACUUGGUUUAAUGGCUGCUAGGAAAGCAAUACUUCAGGCGGCUCGGACUCAGAAUGGGGAAUAUGUCAAUCCUUGCUUUAAAAAGGCUGAGAGCUGGUCGUUCCAUGGUGAAGAGUUCAGUAUUUUACCGCACAAUGGCGCUGAUUUCAAUACUUGUCACCAGCUUGUUAGCUCAGUUUUAAGUUCUAAGAACAUUCAUAGUCCUUCAGAGUUGGAAGCUCGUAGUAUUGUUGCCUUUUCAUACUUCUAUGACAGAGCUGUAGAUUCAAACCUUAUUCCGAGCUCAGGGGGUCAGCUCACAUUAGCUCAGUAUAGACAGGCUGGUGAGAGAUGGUGCACAGACCUGGAGGCUUCAUUUCAAUGCAUCGAUCUUACCUUUAUAUACGCACUCCUCUCAACUUACGGAAUCAAAGACAGUACUCCGAUUGGUAUUUACAAAAAGAUCAAUGGACAUGAAACCAGCUGGGCCCUUGGAGCUGCGCUUGAUCUUCUUAGCCGACAAUAGGACUCUUGAUCUUCUUACCCGACAAAAGGGCUCUUGAUCUUCUUAGCCGACAAAAGGACUCUUGAUCUUAUUAACCGACAAAAGGAUUCUUGAUCUUCUUAGCCGACAAUAGGACUCUUCAUCUUCUUAGCCGACAAUAGGACUCUUAUUCUUCUUAGCCGACAAAUGGACUCUUGAUCUUCUUAGCCGACAGUAGGACUCUUGAUCUUCUUAGCCGACAAAAGGACUCUUGAUCUUCUUAGCCGACAGUAGGACUUUUGAUCUUCUUAGCCAACAAUAGGACUCAUAAUCUUCUUAGCCGACAAUAGGGCUCAUAAUCUUCUUAGCCGACAAUAAGACUCAUAAUCUUCUUAGCCGACAAUAGGACUUAUAAUCUUCUUUGCCAACAAUAAGAUUCUUGAUCUUCUUAGCCGACAAUAGGACUCUUGAUCUUCUUAGCC